CUUAGACCUAUAUGAAUGUUUAAUUUCAGAUUAAGUGAAGAAAGAGGAUGGGAGCUCAUGUGGUUGUCUACAGGUCUUUUUGCUCCUAGUCAAACUUUAUUGAAAGAAUUGACCUUGUUUUUACGCACACGCAGGCAUCCCAUUGCCAUGGAUUCUCUUCAGAGACUUCAGAAAACACUCAGAACUGGACAGAGAAAAUACCCACCACAUUUGGUAGAAGUAGAAGCAAUUCAACAUAAAACUACACAAAUUUUUCAUAAAGUUUAUUUUCCUGAUGAUACAGAUGAAGCAUUUGAAGUAGAUUCUAGUACAAGAGCCAAAGAUUUUUGUCAGAAUAUUGCACAGAGAUUAAAUUUAAGAUCUGCAGAAGGGUUUAGUUUAUUUGUGAAAAUUGCUGACAAAGUGAUAAGUGUACCAGAAGGAGAUUUCUUUUUUGAUUUUGUUCGGCAUUUAACUGACUGGAUUCGGAAAGCAAGACCUACAAGAGAUGGUUCAAUUCCUCAGUUCACAUAUCAAGUGUUUUUCAUGAAAAAAUUAUGGACAAAUACAGUUCCUGGGAAAGAUAGAAAUGCAGAUAUAAUAUUUCAUUAUCAUCAGGAAUUGCCAAAAUUAUUACGUGGAUAUCACAAAUGCACUAAAGAUGAUGCAGCAAGAUUGGCUGCCCUUAUUUAUAGGGUAAGAUUUGGUGAAAGCAAAGUGGAAUUACAAGCUAUUCCAACAUUACUAAGAGAACUAAUUCCUGCUGAUAUAAUGAAAGUACAGAGCACUAGUGAUUGGAAAAGAUCAAUCGUUGCUUGUUAUAAUUCGGAUGCUGGUCUAACUCCCGAAGAUGCUAAAGUUAACUUUCUAAAAACAAUAUACAAAUGGCCUACAUUUGGCUCAGCAUUUUUUGAAGUGAAGCAAACAACUGAUCCAAGUUAUCCAGAACAGCUUCUUAUAGCAAUUAAUAAACAAGGAGUUAGUUUAAUAAAUCCAAUAUCUAAGGAUAUUUUAAUUACCCAUCCUUUCACUCGUAUAUCCAAUUGGAGUAGUGGAAAUACUUAUUUCCACAUGACUAUUGGAAACUUGGUCCGUGGAAAUAAGUUAUUAUGUGAAACUCCACUGGGUUAUAAAAUGGAUGAUCUUCUAACAUCAUACAUCAGUUUAAUGCUAACAAAUAUGAAUAAGCAAAGGACAAUACGAAUUAAGAACUAAAUGUAAAUUUGUUUGCCCAAAGAAAAGUUGCUUGUUGAUAAGUAAUAGAUUACUAUGUAAUCUAUACUAUUUGUUAUUGAUGUACAGAAAAUUAAGUGCUCAGAAUGAAAUUUAAAGCUAAUUAACAUGCAAAAUAACUACAAAUUUGAUACUCUGUAUGUUAUGUAAUAUUUAAAAUUUUAAUGUCACAGCCUCAAUGUUUAUAUAUUUUUACACACAAAAUCAUGUUUAUUUUGCACGUUUGGUGCAACGUGAAUGAAAAAAUCAUACAUUCAUCUUGCUCGGCAGGGAUGCGGUCUACGUGCAUACGUGUGUUUUCUUAUUUAAAUUCUCAAGUGCAUCACAAUCAUAGCAACAUUGUAGAUUUUUUAAAUUUUCUGAAUAAAAAUUUUGAAAAAUUAA